AAAGAAGGAGCGCGUACGUUCUCUGAAAACGAAAGCAUCUUUUUUAUCAAACGAGCUGCGACUUUCUGGGGGCGAGAAGCCGACUGUAGCUCACUGCUGCGACACCAUGGCGUCUCAAAGUGGACUGAGCAACAGAUGACCAGCCGGGAAGGAGUGAAUGAUGGAGGAUCUGCCAGUGAAAAACGGAGUAACUGGUGCAACAGGUGGUCAAGAGGAGGAUUGUUCUUUGUAGGAUGGUCAGAGACAAUUGCAAUAAAGUGGUAGUACAAAGCCCAAAACAGAGCCACGCAGCCGAACCACAGAGCCCGAGCGAGCCCUCUGAAGAACACCGAGAACAGAGCCCAAACAGAGCGGAGUCGAGAGAGCGGCGGCUGGAUUUACUGCACUGGGUCAAAAACAACUAUGAGGAAGACGCUGAGCUCUGGGAAGUGACUGGAGCUGAUUCCGAUGGCUUGCCCACACACCUCCGUCCGUUCACCAGCGAAGAGGAGUAUAGACUAGUAAAAAGUACUUACCAGCAGCUUCUGCAGAGUGAUUACUACUGGGGACCCCUGACCAUGGAAGAAGCCCACGGAAAACUCAAAAAUGCUCCUGCUGGAACUUUCCUCAUCAGGGACAGCGGGCAGCCGGAUGUUUUCUUCACUCUGAGUUACCAAAGCGACGAUGGCCCGACGAGUGUUCGCAUCCAGCUGAACAAGCUGCACUUCAAUCUGUUCGGCAGCCAGAGGACUUUUCCUUCACUCUUUGCUCUGCUGACUUACUACACCAGCUCCUGCUGUAAACUGACGGUGCCCUUUCGCAUUCACCGCCCAGAGGGCCUGAAACAGAUGUGCAGGAGGGCCUUUGUAGGCGUGUUUGGAGCAGAUAGGAUAAGCACAUUACCUGGUCUCAACAAGCAAGUGAGAAGCUACCUUUGGGCAUACCCUCAUCCUAUAUAGACGCGUGUGCUCCAAGUUUCUGUGUCAGGAUGUUGUGCUAUCACAAGGAUAAAGAAUGUUAUUUCUUACUUUUUAAAGAAGUUAUCCUUGGUAUUAUAAAUGAGAGAUAAUAGAAGAUCACUGCAGGUGACUGCUAUGAAUGAUAUUAUUGGAGACACAAGCGAGUAGAAGGACAUAACCAUCAGAGGUAGAAAUGGCUACAUGAGGUAAUUCAGGCGACCUGCGGCACAGAUGGACAACCUGAAGGUUUCUGGUUGUUGAGAGGUUAUUUGCACACCUUCUGAAAAUGUAUUGUUUUACAGAUUUGACAAAGCACGUGUUUUGGGUUUUUUUGUUUGUUUUUUUUUGUUUGUUUUAUAUGCACUGUCAGAAGUCAACAAUUAUUAUUUAUAUAACUAAAGUUUCUAGCAAUUUUCCCUGUAAAGGCUGCACCACUGCCUGUAUGAUGACAUUUCAGCUUGUCGUGCCUAUGAAAAUGUCAUAACUGCUGCUGUUUAAAGCUGCACUAACUGAUAUCUGAACUCAUGAACGCAUGAGCAAGCAGCCAUGUCAACAGCUCAUGAACGUGAGGGUAAAUCAGCUGUAAAAAUCCACUUGGAGUGAUGGUUUCUGGCUCGUUCCUUCUUCUCUUUCUCUUUCUCUUUUUGUGUUGCUUGUUUGGUAACAUUAGGGUAAUUAUCUCAAUAUCUUGGUACAAGGGUUCAUUUGCUCUGGAUGAUGGGGGGGAAACGGAGUAACGGAUUCUAACUGCUACAUUGAUGUUUAUAAUUCACAGAAUUUGCAGUUAAUACGAUUCCGAUAUCGGAUAACUUUGCCGCGGUUCUUUAUGAAGUUGCAGAUGUAAUCUUCCCAUUAUGGGAGGAAUCCUCUUUUUCUCUUAUCUCACAGAAAGAGGAUUCCUCCAGCUGUAGCUGACCUUAGAUUCUGUAGUUUUGCUCUCACCUGUAUUAAAAAAAAGCAUCGACUUUGUGUUUUUUGUCUUUCUGUUGGUGUUUCGUGUUGGCCUUCUCCUGCCUGGCUGUCAAGGGGGUCGGCUAGAGCAGCUAAACUGAGCAGCAGAGUUGACUGAAUGUUUGUUUUCGUGACUUAGGCAUUCCAUGUAGAUUCCAGAAUAAUUCUUUUUUGUAUGUAAAAGUAUUGAUUAUUGCAGCUGAUCAACACUUGAAAUGAUUCUAGUUACUGUCUUUGGUCUUCUGGUACAAUAUGCAUGUAAUAUUGUCUUGUUCAUAUUGAAUAAAUAAUUUUUUAUACUAAAUAAAA